AUGACCCUGUCCAGGAAUGGCCUCCACCCCAUUCUGGGGCUGGCCCCCCAUUUGGCAGCAGCGGGCGGCCCUGCUAGCUUGCCCAGCUCGCUGGCUGCUGCACCAGGCCUGGCGCUGGGCACCCUGGGGAAAAAGAAAGAGGAGAGGGCUCUAGACGAAUCCGUGGUGGCGAGGAGAGCGGCACGGAGCCAUGUGGCCCCUCCAGGCCUGUGGUGGCUGUCAGAGCCGCCCCUGGGGCUGCCCAUGUCCUUGUACAUCCUGUGCAUUGCCAAGGGGCCUGGCCGAGAACACAUCAGUGGCACUGAAGUCCAGGCUCUGCUUAGGGCUGGAUUUUUGCUGGUCUUCAGCUGCCUGGUGCUGUCCGUGCUGUCCACAAUUCAGGAGCACCAGGAACUUGCCAACGAAUGUCUCCUCAUCUUGGAAUUCGUGAUGAUCGUGGUGUUUGGCCUGGAGUACAUCAUCCGCGUGUGGUCCGCGGGAUGCUGCUGCCGCUACCGAGGAUGGCAGGGCCGCUUCCGCUUUGCCAGAAAACCCUUCUGUGUCAUCGACUUCAUCGUGUUCGUGGCCUCGGUGGCCGUCAUCGCCGCGGGCACGCAGGGCAACAUCUUCGCCACGUCUGCGCUGCGCAGCAUGCGCUUCCUGCAGAUCCUCCGCAUGGUGCGCAUGGACCGCCGCGGCGGCACCUGGAAGCUGCUGGGCUCCGUGGUCUACGCGCACAGCAAGGAGCUGAUCACCGCCUGGUACAUCGGAUUCCUGGUGCUCAUCUUUGCCUCCUUCCUGGUCUAUCUGGCCGAGAAGGACGCCAACUCUGACUUCUCCUCCUACGCCGACUCGCUCUGGUGGGGGACGAUCACACUGACAACCAUUGGCUAUGGUGACAAGACACCGCACACGUGGCUGGGCAGGGUCCUGGCUGCCGGCUUCGCCUUACUAGGCAUCUCCUUCUUUGCCUUGCCUGCCGGGAUCCUUGGCUCUGGCUUUGCCCUGAAGGUGCAGGAGCAGCACCGGCAGAAGCACUUCGAGAAGAGGAGGAUGCCUGCAGCUAACCUCAUCCAGGCUGCGUGGCGCCUGUACUCCACCGACACAAGCCGGGCCUACCUGACGGCCACCUGGUACUACUAUGACAGUAUCCUCCCAUCCUUCAGAGAGCUGGCCCUCUUGUUUGAGCACGUGCAACGGGCCCGCAACGGGGGCCUACGGCCCCUGGAGGUGCGGCGGGCGCCGGUACCCGAUGGAGCACCCUCCCGUUACCCGCCCGUUGCCACCUGCCACCGGCCGGGCAGCGCCUCCUUCUGCCCUGGGGAAAGCAGCCGGAUGGCCAUCAAGGACCGCAUCCGCAUGGGCAGCUCCCAGCGACGGACGGGCCCCUCCAAGCAGCACCUGGCACCUCCACCGAUGCCCACCUCCCCGAGCAGCGAGCAGGUGGGUGAGGCCACCAGCCCCACCAAGGUACAGAAGAGCUGGAGCUUCAAUGAUCGCACCCGCUUCCGGGCCUCCUUGAGACUCAAACCCCGCACCUCUGCUGAGGAGGGCCCCUCAGAGGAAGUGGCAGAGGAGAAGAGCUACCAGUGUGAGCUCACAAUGGACGAUGUCAUGCCUGCCGUGAAGACGGUCAUCCGCUCUGUCAGGAUCCUGAAAUUCCUGGUGGCCAAAAGGAAAUUCAAGGAGACGCUGCGACCGUAUGACGUGAAGGACGUCAUCGAGCAGUACUCGGCCGGGCACCUGGACAUGCUGGGCCGGAUCAAGAGCCUGCAGGCUCGGGUGGACCAGAUUGUGGGCCGGGGGCCGGGGGACCGGAAGGCCCGAGAGAAGGGAGACAAGGGGCCCUGUGACACGGAGGCAGUGGAUGAGAUCAGUAUGAUGGGACGCGUGGUCAAGGUGGAGAAGCAGGUGCAGUCCAUAGAGCACAAGCUGGACCUGCUGUUGGGCUUCUACUCGCGCUGCCUGCGCUCUGGCACCUCGGCCAGCCUGGGCACCGUGCAAGUGCCGCUCUUCGACCCCGACAUCACCUCCGACUACCAUAGCCCUGUGGACCACGAGGACAUCUCCGUCUCCGCACAGACGCUCAGCAUCUCCCGCUCGGUCAGCACCAACAUGGACUGAGGGGCUUCUCAGGGGCGGGGCAGCACACGGCCAGCCCCUGGGCCUGGCGCUCGGACCCGCCCUCUGAGGCCUCCGGACUCCUCUCUUACUUGAACUUGCUCCCUUGUGGGGAGAGAGGCCACACGCAGUAUUGAGCUGCCUGAGUGGGCGAGAUACCCGCCGUGGGGGUGCC